CCCCAAGCCUUCCCCUCGGCAGACACGACUUUGGCUAUUCAAUGACGUCCAACACGUGGUGAAGCCAUUUAUUUAUGCCGAUGCGUUUACUACGCUAAUUACAUAAGGUUAUUAAAUAAUAUAUAUUGGUAUUUAAUUGACGAAUAGAACUAUUGAGAAUGCCGAAAUCAAAGAGGGAUAAGAAAAUUUCACUUACGAAAACCAGUAAAAAGGGUUUGACGUUGAAGCAGCACAUAAUUGAAGAUGUUAGGACGUGCGUGGAAAAAUAUAGCACCAUCGUCUUAUUCUCUGUACAUAAUAUGCGAAAUAAUACGCUGAAAGAAAUUCGAGGCAAAUGGACGGGCAGUAGAUUUUUCUUUGGCAAAAAUAAAAUUAUUGCCCUGGCUUUAGGCAAAAGCGCUGAAACGGAGAUUGCGGAUGGUAUAUCAAAACUUGCGUCAAAAUUAUCAGGACAAUGUGGCUUGUUUUUCACAAAUGAAAAUCAGACAAAUGUAUUAAAGUGGAUGAGAGAUUACGAGCAAACCGAUUAUGCACGUUCAGGGUUUCGCACGUCUGUAACGAUAGAGUUGCCCGCUGGACCAUUGGAGGACUUUCCACACAGUAUAGAACCGCAUUUAAGACAAUUAGGUAUGCCUACGUCAUUGCAGAAGGGAGUGGUAACCCUUGUAAAGGAUUAUACCAUUUGCGCGAAUGGGCAGACCUUAACGCCCGAGCAGGCCAGCAUACUUAAACUUUUGGGACAUUCCUUGGCCAAAUUCAAGCUGACUCCCCUAGGAGUCUUUACAAAAACUACAGGCUAUGAAAAUAUUGCUGAAAAUAAUGAAACGAAAGAAAAUGAAGAAAACAUAAUGGAAGAAUAGACGUUAAGAACUAUUUUAUAAGGAGUUAUAAAAAUAUUGUACAAAAGUAUGCUCAUGAUCUUAUGGAAUGCCUUAAAGUGAACGUACAUAGUCAUAUGGAUGACUUAACUAAGGUUUAUAAAAUAAAAUAAAACUUGUAUAGGAACUGAAUUUCUUUUAUUUGU